UUGUAUUUUUCUGGGUGGGUGUAAUUUUGACAUCCCUGUACGUAACCACAGGAACAGCAACCGUAGAAAGUCCGGACCUUCGACGAAAUCCAUGGAGAGUAAGUAGGUAGUGCAAUAAGGAUCGAAUCGCUUGCUUCCUAAUAUCGUUCCUACCUUCACUCCAAUCCCCUUCAAUUCAAUUCCCAUGGACGACCUUCCUCCGCCGCUCGUCCUCGAAAUCCUCAGCCGCCUCCGCGACUCCGGCGACGUCGCCCGCUGCCGCAUCUCCUCCAAAACCCUAAACACGCUCGCCUCCGAGAUCCGCUCCGUCGACCUCCAGUGCUCCUACCUCCGCUACGCCAAGUCGCGAUCGCCGCUCACCAGGUCCUCCAUCACUCCUUUCAAGUCGAUAUUCCACAAAUUGAUCUCGCAAUUGAGGAUUGUCGAGCGAGUGUCCAUCGGCGUGGGGAAGCCGCUCGGCCUGGUCGCCUACGACGACGUGGAGGACGAGGAGGACGAUCUGUUCCUCAGCGACGUCAAUUUUGUGAAGGCGUGGCUUCCCAAUGUCUGCGGCGACUUGGCGUCGGUUUCGAUUUCAGAUUUCUGGGUGCAGUCCUGCUGGCGCCGAUCCGAUGUGCUCUCCGUCUUCUCCGCUCACUGUCUUAAACUUCACGAAUUAGAGAUUAAGAAUGCUUGGCUAUCCGUUGACGGCUUAACUCCUCUCAAAACUCUCACAUCCUUAACUCUCGAAUUUAUUCGAUUGGAUGAUGAGAAUUUGGAGAAGGUUAGUGAAUGUUUUCCUUGUCUGCGAAUUCUCAAGUUGAUUGGGGUUGGAGGGCUCAAAGAGCCGAAGAUUGAUUUAAUGCAUCUCGAGACGUGUCAUUGGUCGCUGUCUAAUGCUCCGAUUUCGAUAUCUAUAAUCGCUCCCAAUCUCAUCUCCCUCAACCUUAAAUGUGUGAAGCCAAAUAUGCUCAUGAUCGAGGCUCCAUUUUUGUCGAAGUUUUAUCUUACUUUCGAGGGUACUUGCAACUUCAAAGUGAAAGAAUUCUCCCAUUUGGAACAUCUGUAUAUCGAAUCUACAAACCUCCGGAACGUACUCGUUUCUUUGCCUUUAUUUAAAAGCGUCAAGAAUCUAAUUGUCGAUUCCCCUAGGUGGGAAGUGCCGGUCGGAGUUUCCAAAUCGAUUUUCGAGUUGCUGCUUCGUGCUUUUCCGAAUGUCAAUGCUCUUACAUUGAAUUCCGGCGCUUGGUCCGAAUUCGAAGCGUGUCCUGUAGUCGAAGGCUCGACUCAAAUAAAAGGGCUGAAGGAGAUUAGGUUGUAUUUGUCUGUGGAUGACGUCGAGGCUACGUUAUCGGCUAUUUUCACUUUAUUGGAUCAUUGUAGUGAUCUUUCAACCAUGUCGAUGUUCAUCCACCGUGACGUAGUUUCUAACGUCACGAGCACCGUUAUUUCGCAGUGCACGGCCCGUUGCCCUCGGCUGAGAUGGAAAUGGGGGAUGUGGAAACAGAAAAUGAUGGAUUCUUGGAUGUCCGAUCCGAUGUAGCUUUCAUUCAAGCAUCCGAUGCUUCUUUUCAAGGUGAUGUAAUGAGUUUUUUAGUAAGAACUUGUGUACUAAUUGUUCCCCUUUUUGUUGUCUGUUCAUAGGAAUCCCGGUAGGAAUACAGGAAGUUCGACGCAAUAAAUACAGCAAAGAAGCUGUUUGCUCGAUUUAUCAGGUUAGGUAGCUGAUAUUGUAUAAGGAAAUGAUAAAUAUCCAUCAAUAAUGUGUAUGUUCGUAUUUCUUGAAAAUUUUCCAAACUUGUUUGCUCCUUGAUUGCAUGUUUUCCGUUUGUCUUGUUUUCGGAGAUCGUAGGAUGGGCUGCUCUCUGUCGAUAUACGUAAGAAGUUUUAGCUCAGCGCGUCGUAUAGUAACCUUUAGUAUAAUGAAUUUGUGAAUGUAUAUAUUGCUUCCAACAUUAUUUUAACGGUUAUGGUAAGCGUCGAUUUGUAUUGCUUUUUCGGAGGAGUCGCCGGCUACUAGAGAGGCUACUUUAUGUCACUCUAGGUAUGUUGUUAUAUAAUCGAAGUUGGUAAAUCGACACAUUGAAGAUAGGAAGACAGCCAAAUGAUGUAUUGCUUGAAAGCAUGUAAUAACACAUAAAUUUUUUGUAAGUGUAUUGUGUCACCACAUAUGCUGAGAUCAAUCGUAAUGUGUAAAUCAUACGGCAGUUUGAUGUGUAAAUAUAUUUAUGAAGGGUUGAUGCUG